AUGUCAACCCCAAUCAAGAAAACGAAAGCCACCAAACGCGAGCCGCCGCAAGAGCACAAGGUCGCCGAGCUAGAAACGACACCCUCUGGAAUCACCAUCAUCUCACCAGUAGGUGAUGUCGUACUUGUGGUCCAACGAGAUGCUACAGCACAAGAGACAUGCAAAUACCGCGUCCAGUCCAGUAGACUGAAAGACGCCUCGACCUACUUCAUGCGACUUUUACAGAGCGACUUUCAAGAAGGCACCGAUGUAGCCCUCCGCCACGCACACCUCAAGACAAAGUACACCGAUCUGGACGCUUCUGUACCUGCCGACGAGCUUCCGCAAGUCAAGAUUGUAGACGUCGGCCGUAUAGCUGCUACUGUCAAAAGCAUCAGUCAACUCAUGGCCGACUUUCUAUGUGCUUUGCACGCGCGUGACAUGUCCACUGUCACUCCACCACUGGCCAAUCUCGCGAAUCUCUGCAUCGUAGCUGAUCGCUUCGACUGCAUUGCAACUUGGCGUGCUUACUGCAAGACUCACAAGAUGAUCGCCGCUCUGGAUGCCAGAUCUACAACCAAGAGUGCUGCCACGUGGACCGAAGAGCGCGUGCGCCAACGCUUGCUCGUUGCCAUCUUCUUGGAUAAUGCCAGCUGGGUCUACCAGGCCUCUCUACGUCUGCUCCACCGCGGCUGGGUCGGCCAUGAUCCCGAAGAAGAUGCUGCUCUGUGGUGGGAUCUUCCAAUGGGCAUCGAAGAUGAAUUGCUGUUCCGCCGCGACUGCAUUCUUGAGACCACCCAGUCCAUACAGACAUAUUUCCUCACCCAAUAUACAUCUCGUGAACGGCAGUGCAAGCUCGGCUAUGAUUCCUCGGCCGAAUGCGACAUGUUUCAGCUAGGCCAGACGAUCAAGUUCUUCAAGCGCAUCAACACGCUAUCUCUUCAAGGCACCAUCUUUGCAACCUCUGAUCUGCCGGAACCAUACGAGGGUGACAUUCUGGAUCUAGUUGACAGCUUCAAACAAGCGCCGGAAUAUCAGGUAGACAAGAAUCAUCAUCAUUGUGGCAUUCGUACACGCAUCCUGCCUCUAAUAGAUAUAUUAGUGCUUGCUCUUGGCGAGGUCGGCAUAUGCUGGUGGUGCUGGCAGGAGUGCAGGCAUGAUUACGCCUGGUCAAAGGUCAAGAGACCACUCAUAUGGAAGAAGGACUCUGUGGGUGCGAGCAUGCAUCAGCACUACCAGACUCGACAAACUCAGAGUCACUUGUUCAAACAUCUUGAUACGAGAGACCUGUUCAUGGCUAAUGAAAGGCUCUGGGCGGGUUGA